AUGAGUUCAUCAGCGAAUAAUUCACAAACAUCACAAUCACCAGUUUCAAUGUCACUGCCAGUGCCUUCAUUGUCAUCCUCUUCUUCAUCAUCAGAAAAAACUAAAGAAAAAGAAAAAGCAAAAAAGAAAUUAGCAAUUUUUUUAGACCAAAGUUUAGAUUCAUUUAAAAGAUUUAAAGGUUUAUCAUCAUUUAUUGCAAAUUCUGAUGAAAAUGAAAUAGAUAAAGUUUUUAAAGAAAAUUCAUAUCAAGUGUAUCAGACAAUGUUAUCAACAUUUUCGUCAUAUGAAUUGGGCACAUAUAAAGGAAAACAAAGUUAUGCAGAAAAAGAGGUAUUAAAAUUAAUGGAAUUGUUAAAAAGAAUUUUAAUACAUUUGGAAGGAUUUGUAAAAAAAGGGUGGCAAGUUAAAUCUAUAGUUAAUGUAUUGGAGAAGAUGCUAGGUAUUGAAAACGUUCAAAACAUUAGAAUGUCAGGUUUCUCUGUAUUAUUUAUAUUUCUAGAAGUAAUGGAAAAGCCAGAUAAAUAUAAAUUAGAGUUGUUUGCUACUGCUAUCGAUUUUACUCCAUUCACAGCAGAUUACACCUCAAAAAUUACAUUUGCCAGAAAAGUAUUUAGCGCCGCCACAGAAUUAAAGAGAUUUAUUGUAAUGCAAUCGCCAGAUGUCCCAUCAAAAGAAGAUGCAACUAAACUUUACGAACAAAUUUUUAUCCACAUUGAAAAGAAAAUUAAUACAAUCACAUUACCAAAUACAUCUAAUAAUAAUAACAACAACAACAACAAUAAUAAUAAUAACAAUAACAUAUUAAAUAUAUUCAAUUUUUGGUUUGAAUUAAUCAAAAUUCAUUAUUUACCAGUACUUUAUCCAAAUAUAUGCAAACAAAAUUCACUCAUACCAAUCGAUGAUAUCACAGGUUUCGUUAGUCAUUGUCCACAUGAACUCCAAGUCGUCACAAUUAAUUAUAUAUGCACCUGGGUUUUAGGUAAUAAACAAAUCAGAGAAUACUUUUUAAAUCAAGAUACCAGCUCAUUGUUAAUUGGAAGUGGUAUUGGUGGCAGUAGCUUAAAUCUCGCAGCUUCUAUUGCAAAUAAUGCAGCAGCCUUAAAUAGUUUACCAAAUAUAGUACCAGGCAAAGGAAACAUUUCAAUAUUAUUAGAAAUUUAUAGACAAAGUUGUAGAUUACCAUUAAAAUAUCAUGAAGUUAUUAAAAAAUCAAUUUCAACUUUUAAAUACUUAUUUUUGGAAAAUACAAAAGAUUUAGAUUUAGGCGAAGAUUUACCAAUUUAUCAAACAUUUAUUUUUAAUGAAAUGUUACAUGUUUUUGAAUUGGAAUCACAAAAUUUUGAAAAAGAAAGAGAAACCAUUGGUCAAUAUAUUAUUGAAAAUGUUUAUAAAUAUAUGAUUGAUCACUAUGAACAAUUAAAACCAGAACUCAAAGAGAUUGUAUUAUUGGCUAUGCUUCAGGGAUCAGUAACAUUGUUAAGAAAAUCAAAUCCAAAUAAAUCAGUAAGUACAUCAUUAGAGCAAGCAAUUGUAUCGACCACACUUUACGGUUGGAUAAAAUCAAAAGAAGUCAAUAAUAAGAAACUCUGGGACCAAUUCCAUCAACAAUUUGAAGAACUCUACCACAGACCAGAGGUUAUUAAACAAAUUAAAUCCAAAUUAUUCCAAGUAACAUUAGUACUCAAAGAGCUUAUAUACCCACUCUCUCAAAGACUUAUUACAAAGAAACAAAAAGAUGCUAGAAAUACAGCUAAAGGUGGUGAACCAAGAUCAUUGGAUCACCAAGAAGUACCAUCAGAGCCACCACAAGAUCCAGCCAUUCACCAAGCCAUUCAAUGGGAUGUAGAAACCUGUAAAGCAAUAUGGCAUUGUUUACUUGACCUCUUUAAGAAUCUUCAAAAGAUUAAAGAUCCAAUGAUCCACGAAUUGGCCACUCAUAUUCUUGUUGAUAUUGUUGACCUCUUUAUUAGAACCGAAUUGGAGGUUGAAUUUUCUGAUUACUUGGACGAAUCAAAACCAAGACAUCUUUCUCUCUUUAAUAUUUUUGGUUCAAGAUUAUUCGAUACUUAUCAAUUGGACAGCAAAUACACAAAGAGUAAAGUUUUAGCUUUGGGUUGUCUCUGUAGAUUAGUAUGCCGUCAUCAUCCACAAUAUCCAGUUUCAAUUUUAUCACAUUUCUAUAGUGUUAUCAAUUCAGCUAUGAUUGCUCCACCAUCAAACGGUAUCGAUUUAUCAUGGUCAAUUAUUUUAAAUAGUAGUAAUAUUUUUAAUUUAUCAAUACCAGGUUCAAAUAUUUUAAUACCAACUUAUUUAUAUAAAAUUAAGGUUAUUUUAACAUUAAAAGGUGAAGUUUCUGUACCAUUAGAAGUUAGAAAGAAAUGUAUUGUAAUCUUAAACUCUUUAAUUUUUUAUCCAAAUCAAUUCCCAAAUAUGGAUAUUUAUAAUCAAAGAGAAGUUAAAGGUAAAUUAUUAGGUAAUGAUUUGACAAUGGCAGAAAUGAAAAAGGAUAUUGUCGAUAUUUUACACAUUACAUUAAAGAGUGAUAAAAACUCGGAGAAUAAGGUAAUUUGUGUCUGGGGUCUUUCAGUAUUUUUAAUGGAAGAAUUCAAUUGUACUUAUAAUCAAGAUUUAAUAAACGAAAUCGUAGAUGCCAUUACUUCACAUACUCUUAUUAUGGAUACCGCCGUAGCUAGAGCUGCAUUGGAUGCUCUCUCCUCAAUCGGUUUAAUCUUUAAUAAAUUGAAUAAGCAAACUAUCCAAAAGAUUUUAAUUCCACUUUGUUCGAGUAUUCUUAAAGUUUUACCAGAAAUAGAGGCUGGCACAUCAUCAAUAGCCGAGGUUACCAUUGCAGGCCACUAUCAUUGUCUCUUAGAUUGGAUCUCUUUGGAUAAUAGUAUUUUUGAAGAUUCCUAUUUCUCUGAAUUCCGUUCUCUUUUAUUCCGUUGUAUCGAAGAGGGUCUUGGUUUGAAGGACGAAAUGUGGAGCACCAAUUCCAUCACUAACCUUAUGAAGUUACAACAACAAGAGGUCAUUCUUGCUCCAAUGGAUCCAAAAGAUUUGAAACAAGCCACAAAGAAUUUAACAAUUAGAAAGAAUAUGGUUUCAAAGAUUAGUGACACUUUUAAAGGUGACAAGAGUGACAAGGCAAACGCAGCAGCUUCAGCUUCUUCCCAAGCAGAGGAUGAUCAAGAUUUUUCAACUAAAUUUGUUAUUAUUCACGAUGCAUGCGAAACUUUAUUAAAUCAUUGUCUUAAUUUCACCCAUCACUUCCCAUCCAAACAAGGUGCAGAGUUUAUAAGUUCAAUGAUUGACGAAGAAGAUGACAAAAUGAGUGAAGAUCCAGAAGUAACCGUUAUCAAUAGCAAUUCUAAUCCAGGUUUAUCAAACAUGCCAUUAUUUUGUGUAUUAAAUGAAAAUGCUUUAAUUUCUGUCGUCGAAAUUCCAAAACCCAAUGGUAAUGGCACCUUAGCAAGAUUGUUUAUUCGUGAUGCAACUGGAAAAUAUGUUUGGAAUUUUGAUUGUGAUUAUGAUUUAGAAAACCAAAUUAAAAAUUCACCAGUUUCAAUGUAUAUUAAUAAUGACAGCAACAGCAGCAACAGUGUAUUGAUUUUAGAUUCAAACCAAAAUAGUUAUCAAUUAAUAAAUAAAUAUUCAAAUGACCCAGAAAUAAAACCAGUCGAAAAAGAUGAACAAUUAAAUAACCUAUUAUCCAAACUAUCAUCUGAACACCCAGAAUGUUUACCACCAAGCGGCAAAUUCUUAAACCAACCAUUAAAUCUAUUAAAACCACAACUUGCAGAUGUCUUUUUAAAGAACCAAAAAGAAUUGGAAGGUUUCAUCGAAAGAGAAUCAUCAACAGAAAUGAAGAAUCGUUAUGCUCUUCCACCAUCAGGCACUUCAUGGUCAGCAACCAUUCCAGAUAAAAUCAAACCAGUCGUUUCACAAUCAAGUCGUUUAUUAAUGUCUUAUUUAGGUUUCUUGGAUGUAAAUAUCUAUACCAAUAGCAUUAGACAGCUAGAAUCAACCAACAAACUAAGCAGAGCCCUCACUCAGUUAGAUAUAACACCAGGUCGUGAAAUUUUAAAGAUUGGUGUCAUUUAUACAGGCGAGGGUCAAGAUGACCAAAAAGAAAUCCUCAGAAAUGAUCUUUCAAAAGGUUCCGAUCUUUAUCGUGAAUUUGUUGAUGGUUUAGGUUGGCCAGUAGAGUUAGAGAAACAUCAAGGUUACAUGGGUGGCUUGGAUCGUAAGAAAACUACUGGUAUCAUUGCUCCAUAUUAUGCUACUCCAUCAGUCGAAGCUAUAUUCCACGACAUUACUUUAAUGCCAACCAAUCCAACCGAUUCACAACAAAUUCAUAAGAAACGUCAUGUAGGUAAUGAUAUUGUAAAUAUAGUUUGGUCUGAACAUAUUAGAGAUUAUAAUAGCACAACCAUUACAAGUCAGUUUAAUGAUGCUCUUAUCAUUGUUUAUCCAUUACCCAAUGGUCUCUUUAGAAUUCAAAUCUAUCGUAAAGAAACAAAAGUACCAAUGUUUGGUCCACUCAUUCAUGGUAUGUGUGUCAAUAAAGAGUUGUUACCAAUUUUAGUUCGUCUUACAGCCAUCAAUGCUUAUAGAUACGUUAGACAUGCCACACCAAAUUAUUCAAAACCAUAUGUUUUAAGAAAAUUCCGUAUUAAAGAAAUUGUUGAUCGUUAUGCUUCCGAUAGAAAUUAUGUUGACUAUAUACAUUCAAUUGGUUCAGGUUCAAGUAAUUUCCCUGUACAAAUUCCAGUUUCUUCACCAACCUCUACCACUCCUUCAGCAUCACCACCAACUACAAAUCCUUCAAAUAUAAAUAAUCAAACCACACCAUCACCAACUACUUCAUCACCAACAACAACAACACCAACAACAACAGCAACAACAACACCAACAACAUCGCCACCAGCAUCGGCAUCGGUAUCACCCCAACAACAAUAA